UUGUUUGUUUUUUUGAAUGUGACAGUCUUGCCUGUUUGUCUGUAGUUUUUGUGUGCUCUGAGAUUGCCUACUAACGGAGCCUAUCUCCCCAGCAGCUUUAUAUGCCUCCUAAAUAGAAACAGAAGUCUGAAAGGUAAACUUCACCAGGAGAACAGUCUGGAUUAUCUGAGGCAGUUCUAAAUAGUGCUGGCAAAUUGCCAAGUAGCAGUGCCAAUCCCAAAAAAAGAAGAAGAGAAAUUGACAUCCUUAAAUUUUGAGGUUAUGGUAAUACAGAGUAAAUAUUUACUUAUGAAAAAUGGAUCAAGCAGAAGAGCCAUCUCCCGUCGUCUUAAAAGAGUUGGGUAAUAACGCCGUAAAAGAGUCGAAAUUUACGGAAGCGAUUUUACAUUAUACCCACGCGAUUAAACUUGACCCGGACAACUACACUCUGUACAGUAACAGAUCUUACGCGUUUCUAAAAGAACAGCAAUAUUAUUUUGCUCUGGAAGACGCCAACGUGGCGAUUAGGCUCAAUCCGAGCUGGCCCAAAGGGUUUUUUCGAAAGGGUGAAGUCGAGUACGCCACCGGGCAUUACAUCGCAGCCUAUGAAGCGUACAGACUAGCUCUUAAGCUGAAACCGGAAGACGCUAACAUCGUGGAAGCGUUGAACCGAUCGGCGAGGGAAAUUUUGCGAGAAAAGGAAGCAGAUGCGAAAAUACCUUGGCUUGGAGCGGGUAUUGGGAUCGUUAUUGGCGUCGUGAUUGUUAUAGCCGACUGUUUGUUCACUCUGAAACCCACACAUCCAUUGCUGAUGGCCCUAGUCACUAUAGUGAUCGCCCUCGUGGGAUAUGGUGUAGCUAGAUCAUAUAGAUCUUAUGUCAAGUGUCAAAGGGAUGGUCUCUUGGAACCGCCUCCGGAUUUAACAGGAACCGAAAAGGAUGAAAAUGAAGAAAGCGAGGACAAAAGCACCAAGAAAACUCCAAGAUAUACCAAAUCGCAAGCGCGGCUUCGAUAUAAGAAAGGGAAACUGUAAACUGAUGUGAUCUUCUGGAGAUUUUGCAGUU